AUGUCAAAGCAUAUUACUAGACCAUUCCGAGCCCUCGGCUCAUCAUGUAGGAUUUUGACAAGAUCAGCCUCGACCAUCGCUGAAUCUUCCUCAUCCUCCUCAAUCUCGCCAGCUUCAUCCGAACUCCCUCCUCAAUCAUCAUCUUCAUCUUCAUCGUCAUCUUCAUCAUCACCAUCUACUCCCUCAUCUUCAUCUGGUGAUGUACAAAGUGGAAUUCCAAGACAAGCAUUUUCAAUACCUUACCAUCCUGUACCGAGAUUACCUACGUUCCCAAAUACACAUUCUUCGCCAUUACAUAAACAUUACAACCAUCCUUCGCCUUUAUUCUCACCACCUCAUCCAUCGAAUUAUCCGACCACUUUAGAAGAUCAAAGUGCUUUGAGGAAAGAACAGAAACUGUCUGCUGUUAGUGGCCUGUCAAGAGAUGAGAUCCGAAAUUUGAAUAGAUUCGUGGUGAGAAGUAGAAAAGUUCAACAUAUGACUAAAAAAGGAAAAAUGGGUGUCAAUCAGGCUUAUGUGAUUGUUGGAUCGGCAGAAAGAGGUUUGGUCGGAUUAGGUCGAGGUAGAGGGCACAAUGGCGCUGCUGCUUCUGAAUCUGCUUUCCAUAAAGCCGUACUCAGCAUGGAUUAUGUCAACCGAUAUGAAUCUCGUACACUUUGGGGAGAAGGCAAAGAUCUUCAAGGGAAAUGGGGAGCUGCAAAAGUACAUCUUAGAGCUAGACCACCAGGAUUUGGAUUAAUGGUUCCACCCAUGAUCCAUCGUAUAUUCACUGCUUGUGGUAUUAAAGAUGCUAGUGCAAUGAUCGUAGGAUCUAGAAAUAGACCAGACGUUUUGAAAGCUACUAUACAGGUAUUACAUGGUGGAGGCAAUCCAGCUGGAUUUGGUACUGGUCUAUUCGGUAAAAAAGGACCAAGGGAAAAUAAAGGUCACGGAAUGAAAAGUAAAGAAGAGAUCGAGAGGGAAAGAGGGAGAUACGGUGUUGAUAUCGGUAGAAGAACUUAA